AUGGGCACCUGCGCUUCUCACGACGUGAACGGAUCGCGGCAUCGGCUCUGGAAACGGUCCGUCGAGCACGAGACGCCACGUCUCAUUGACGGCACUGCUUUCACUCCAAGUAGCGCCGCUGCUGCUGCUGCUGCUGCUGCUCCCGAUACACGAGCGAGCGGUACUGUGGCGCUGCACUGCGUCGCGUACAGCUCGUUCUUGGACGGCGACUGCCUCACUGGAUGGGACGACGGCUCGAUCCAGCGGCUCCAGUGGCGGUCCAAGACGCCGACUCGCGACACCGUCUUGAGCGUGUGGAUCCCCCACGCAGCGGCUGUGACGCAACUGGUUCUCGGGGCCAAGUUGCAGAUGAUGUACUCGAGUUCCCUCGACAAGACCGUCGCCAUUACGCCCAUUACGGACAGACCGGCGUCCGAGACGACCACUGUGCUGCGGGGCCAUCAACUGAGCGUCGCUUCGGUCGCUGUGGACGACGCCGAGCAACUGCUGUGCUCUGGAGGCCGAGACACGCAGACGAUCUUCUGGGACCUCACGACGAGUCAUAUUGCAGCCAAGACGACGACGCCCGCGAACGUUGUCACGUGCUCGACGUGGUUGCCAGGGGAAGCACUGGUGGCACAGGGCAGCGAAGAUCUGAGUGUCAAGCUCUGGGACCCCCGCACGCCACUGCACGCACCGGCUCAGGCGUUCCGAGGCUUUCUGCAUUGUCCGCAGAGUAUUGCAGCGAGCGGAAGUGGAGACGCAACAAAGGACAGCACGUACUUGUUGACGUCCAGCAGGGGCUCGAACAAAGGCGUCGGCGGUGAGCUGCGGGUGUGGGAUCGACGCACGGGGACGCAGGUGGUCGAGUUCGAAGGUGGGGACCAGGACGCAACCGCUUGUUGUUUCUUGCCCACCACUGCAGCCGGUCAGAGUACAAUCGAAGGCGGGAUGGAGUCGAGUCAACGGCUCCCGCUGCCCGUGACGGCCUCGAUGGAUGGUACUGUGAAGGUAUGGGACGCGUCAUCGCUCUCGCCGCUGGCAAAAGCAGGUGCAGAGGGAGCCCCGAAGUGCACGAUCACAAGUCUGUGCACGGUCGACAAGAGCACUCUCUUGGCGAGCACGAUCAGUGGCCAGGUCUUCGCAUACUCUCUGGAUUGGGAACACCGGACACUUGCAUGGCAGCCUCGUGGUGAGUGCACGAGCUCAUAA